UUUUACAGAGAGCAACCAACAACAACUGCAACAACAGAAACCAUUACCAACGACCUCCGAAUCUUUCAUGUCCGAAACCAUCGUCAAUGGCUCUCUCUCCUCCUCAUCCCUACAUCCUCCAGCUCCCGCUUCACUCUCCGUCGCCGGCGUCGGCGUCAGCGCCGGCCUCGCUCUUCUUCUGUCUGUCGCCGCGGAAGAAGGCUGAGCUCUGCGCCGCAUUGUUCGCUGCUCCGUUUGCGGUGAGGGUUUCAUGGCGGACCAAAUGCCUCCGAUCGUCGACGGAGGAGGACCAGUGGAAGAACGAUUCAGAAGCCCUUGGAUACGGCGGAGUCAGAUCGGACGGCCACGGCGAUUCCAAGGUCGGAGUCGAAGACCGGAAUGGUGAUCGAUCCACGUCGUCGUUUGGUGAUUCUCUCUCUCUCGGGAUUCGCGAACCGGUCUACGAGGUGGUAGAAGUGAAGUCAGAUGGAGCUAUAGCUACUAGAAAAAUCAACAGGCGUCAGUUACUCAAGUCAAGUGGGCUUCGUCCGCGUGAUAUUCGGAGUGUUGACCCAUCAUUGUUUUUGACGAACUCUGUGCCUUCUUUGCUGGUCCGUGAACAUGCUAUUCUUCUUAAUCUAGGCUCACUUCGAGCAAUUGCGAUGCAAGAACAUGUCCUUAUAUUUGACUACAACCGUAAAGGUGGGAAAGCUUUUAUAGAAACAUUGUUGCCCCGACUGAACCCCAAAAACAUAAAUGGGGCACCAUCAAUGCCAUUUAUGCUUGAGGUCGUGGAGGCAGCAUUGCUUUCAAGGAUACAGCGCUUAGAGAAGAGACUAAUGGAUUUAGAACCUCGUGUUCAAGCGCUGCUUGAGAUUCUACCAAAUCGAUUAACGGCCCACAUAUUGGAGCAACUUCGUAUAAGCAAGCAGACCUUGGUUGAACUGGAUUCCCGCGCUGGAGCUCUCAGACAAAUGCUUCUUGAUCUUUUGGAGGAUACUGAUGAAAUAUGCCGUAUGUGUAUUUUGGGCCGGAACUGCACAGUUAAGAAGGGUACUGGAGAAUUGGAAUGCGCUGCUGAUUUAGAAAAGCAGAUUGCUGAGGAAGAGGAAGAAGAAAUUGAGAUGCUUCUGGAAAAUUAUCUCCAAAGAUGUGAGUCUUGUCAUGGUCAGGCUGAAAGGCUUCUUGAUUCUGCAAAGGAAAUGGAAGAUUCUAUAGCCGUCAAUUUGAGCUCUCGGAGGCUUGAGGUUAGCAGGGUAGAAUUGCUCCUUCAAGUUGGCACAUUUUGCGUAGGAGUUGGCGCUUUAGUUGCAGGUCUAUUCGGCAUGAAUUUGAGAUCUUAUCUUGAAGAGCACGUGUUUGCAUUCUGGCUAACAACAGCUGGGAUUAUUGCUGGUGCUGUUCUGGGAUUUUUCCUUGUGUAUUCCUAUCUCAAGAAGAGGAAAAUUCUAUAACUAACAAAGUGAUUUCAUUUUAGGUCAUGUCUUAGCGACUGUCGAAAUAAGUGAAGGCGGUCGCAAUGCUAAUUUGCUAUUUGACGUAUACAAGAAGAAAGAAAAAGAGAAUGCAAGUUGAGGCCUUUCUGGUCUGUGCAUAAAGUGAAUUAAGGCGCCCAUUUGUUUCGAAUGUGUCGAAUAAUACAAUCUAUUCUUUUAAGUGUGAGCAUUUCUAAAUAAGAUUUGUGUGUAGUUAAUUAAAUAAAUGGCAUUAUGAAGCGCGUUGU